CUUCCUGUUUUGCUCAUUCAAUUCUCUCUCUCUCUCUUUAGCUUCCAAAAGGAAAAGGGUACUAAAAAAUCCACAAAAAAGAUCCCAUUGAUCUUUUUCCAAGCUAAAAAGAACCCAUCCUUUUGUUUUUUAGAUUGUUCUUUUUUUUGUUGGUUUCGGCCAUGGCUUCAACUCUUGCAACAAGUUCGAGUGCGCCACCAAGUUUUUACUUUGAUGAGAAAUGGAAGUUAUCAAAGAAAGAAAGUUCAUCAAGGAGUCGUUCUUCUUCAUUCAUGAUCAAGAAUUCUUCAUCUUCUUCAAGUAAAAGAUGGGCUUUCACAAGGAAAUGUGCGAGAUUAGUCAAAGAGCAGAGAGCUCGUUUUUACAUCAUGAGACGAUGUGUUACCAUGCUUAUUUGCUGGCGUGACUACACUGAUUCUUGAAUCAAGAAAACCCAAAAUUUGGUCUCUUUUUCCCUUUCUUUGAGAUGGUUUUUGCCUUUCUUUGGAGGGUCAAUUAGCAAGCAAGCGCGCAAAGCUUUGUUUUUUUGGUUUAUCAAUGGCAUCCAAGCAGGAAGAAGAGGAAGAAUUUCAAGUUAUAUAUACUUGUAUAUAAGGAUUUGUUUUUUUUUUUUUUUUUUGAAUCUCCAUUUUUGGAGAUAUGGGUUUUUGCUAAUGUGACUGUCUCUUUCAUCAAAUGAUUAAUAUUAAUAUAAAUAGAGAAA